GACAAUAUAUACCAACGUCAUAUGCUAAUUACAGAUUGACAGAGGCUGUCAGAAUUUGACAGAGCUCGAUUUAUUUUUAUUCUUGUGGUUCUUGGCAUUUUUGCGCUUCCUCAACUACAAAAUUCAAAAAUGCCAGAAGCAGAACCUAGAAAUAUAGUCGAAAAAUUCUUUGCUACUGUAGGAAAUAUGUUAGAAACACCAGUAGUGUGGGUUAGAGAAAAAAUCGUCGAACCUAAUCAAAAAAGUUAUCCAUGGUACCACCAGAAAUACCGCCGUGUUCCGACGAUAGACGAAUGCUAUACUGACGAUGAUGUUUGCAUCUUUGAGGCAAAUGCUCAAUACAAAAGAGAUAAGCAAGUUGAGUCCGAGAUACUACACAUUCUCAGGGAACGUUUUGAAAACUGUACACUUUAUGAAGCACCUGAUCAUCUAGAAAAAUGCACCCAUCUCUGGAGAGAGUAUGAAGAUGCUGCUACAAAUUGGUUUAUUAAGUAUGGUGAUUUAGGAGCAUAUCACAACGCAAAAUCUGCAUAUAUGAAACAGAAACAUAGGAUGAUUUGGGAACGUAGGCAUGGACCUGUAGGUAGUGGAGUGAAGAAAGACACUGAUCAGGCACCUGCUGAGAAUUAAUUGGAAUGUUAACAUACAAACCAUAUUGUUAACAUUGCGUGUAGCUGUUAUAUUGUUUGUAGUGCAUUAUUGAAUAAAAUAUUUGCUUUAAACUUCCCCUCUUUGAAUAAAUUUAAUGAUAGAAUUGUCUGUAUCUAUAUGGCUUCCUAUGCACAAUAAAAGAUAAUUUGAUGAUAACUAAAUUAUGUCUAGAUUAUGGUGUCAACUGGAUUGAAAGACUAGCU